GCGUAUAUAGUUAACUGGCAAGAAAUUAAAUUGAUGGCAAAUAUGCCUUCAGUUAUUUACAGCAUAAAUGUACAGUUUUUCUUUUCUAAAAUUCUUGGUCCACAUAUUGUGUAGGAACUGAUUCAAGAUGUCUGUGGUCUACGAUGCUAAAGCCACCAAAUUAGAAAGAGUGAAGGAGCUUCACUCUUGUUGUGCCAAUAAAAGGCCCUUAAUGCGGUACCAUCCAACUUCAUGGAAACAAAUCAGAAUAGAGCAACAUAAACAAUUGCAAUGGCUUAUGCUCAGGCUCAGAUUCUGUAAUCUCACGCCUGCAGAAAAGAAGAUUCUAAAGCGAAGAAGCCGAAGAAGAAGCAUUUGUGUUUCUCUGGUUAGUAGGACCUGUUUGGCUUGCGAGAAAAUGUCAAACGACAUUCGAUUCUUCAAUCUCAACCCUGGAGCCAAGAUCCCUUCUGUCGGCUUGGGAACCUGGCAGUCCGAUCCAGGUGUCGUCGGUGAAGCUGUUGCUGCUGGUAUCAAGGUUGGUUACCGCCACAUUGACUGUGCUCAAAUGUAUGGCAAUGAGAAGGAGAUCGGCUCUGUAUUGAAGAAGCUAUUUGAAGAGGGUAUAGUGAAGCGUGAGGAUUUGUGGAUUACGUCUAAACUCUGGAAUACUGAUCAUGCUCCAGAGGAUGUACCGCUAGCAUUGGACAGGACUUUGACAGACUUGCAGCGUGAUUAUGUAGAUUUGUAUCUUGUAUGUAACAUCACUCGAUCUCCAGAUAUUCUUUUAAAUUGUUUAGUAUUAAAAGUUUAUGCAUCGUCGAUGUUUUUGCUAUCCAAUUUAUUUUUCAGGUUGAAACCAGAUGAUUAUAGUACUAGUGUGUUUCACCCGUGCGUUGCACGACGGAUUUUUAUUUUCCGAUUUUACCUAUCAUUAUUGAUAUAAAAGAAAAAAUAGUUUCAUGAAAAACAAAGAUAUGACUUUUGUGAUUGAAAUACAACGAUGAUAAAAAUGUUGUAAAUUGAAGAUUGAAGUACAAAUAGAGAAACAAACGACAUCAAUUAACGAAUGAUAUAGUAUUGGAGUCAGCUACUAUUUAACAUAUAUAGAUUAGUCUAAUAUGAAUGUCUUGAUAGAAAUCUUCAAAGUUGACUAUCUAAGGAAUCCAAGUCUCCUCAAACCAUGAAGCUGCAAAUACAUAGAUUUGUGUAGAUUAGAUUAGAUUUACAUAGUAAUAAACAAAAGUUAGUUUCAAUGGGCAUUAAAAUAAAAUGAUUUCUUUCAAUUAUAACAUUGACUACUUUGAAUACAAAUUUUUUAGUUAAUUUAUAUUAAAUGUUGGUUCCACUAUGUAAAAGGAUGAACGUGUAAAGAUUGAUUUUUGACUUUUCUGUUAUAAAAUAAUAACUAAUUUUAAGAUCAAAUUCAAUGUUAUUGAAAAAAACUUAGAUCAUUAGAAAACGGACCUUUUAGAUGUUGUCAAACACUUCUUGGUAUACAACAUUCUUUGUUGCGUUUGAGAGGUUUCCUUCAUCAUCUAAAAUCAAUAAUUUAAGCCCUUUUCUUGACUUCACUCUUGAGAGAGCAACAUAGAGCUGACCAUGAGUGAAAACUGGUCUAGGCAGAUAUAAGCCAACAUGAGAUAAUGAUUGACCUUAACUCUUGUUUAUAGUCAUUGAAAUGCAUAAUGUGACCGGAAAUUGCCGUCUUGAGAAUUUGAACGGAAAACCAGGGUUAGAUGGUAUUAAGUUCAUUCGAGGGAUUAAAACUUUUUCUCCCAUUUUUUUACCUAUUAGAAUUAAUGCUGCAAUGACAUUUUUGGUCAAAUCUGUUACUAUCAAGCGAGUUCUGUUACAUAAACCAAUAGACUGGUCUAUAUUCCGAAGAAGCAUAAUUGGAAUUCCAAACUUCAAAUUAAGUUUGUGGUUUGGAAUUCUUGAACAUUUGACUUCAUUCAAGAACUCAGAAGUGAACCAAUCUCCUUCUAUCUCCGUGUCCUCAUCAGACUUGAAUGUAAUGUCAAAGCUCAAAUAUUCCUUCUCAUCACCAGGAACCAUAGAAGACAUGAAAUUAUUGACAUGCUCAACACUCUCAAGGGUUGGUGCCAAAAUUGCUCUUUCUUCAAAGAAUGAAUGAUUUUUCAUGUUGUUAAUCAUUUUAGGAUAAGCAAAAUUCACCAAGCUAAGUAUAGGAUCAUCUGAUUUUUCUAUCAACAAAUCUGGAGGUAUUUCUAUCAUUGUUUGAGCAUCAUCAAUUGUGUUCACCGUACCAUCUCCAACUUGUAGAAUCCAUUCUGCAAACUCCCAGGUUUCUUCAUUGGUUGAUGAUGAUGCAUAAUUUUAUAAUCUCAUGUUUUUGGUCAAUUUCAAUACUUUGCAUGAGUUCCAUAAGUUUGAAGAAUUGAUUGAAGAUUCAAUAAUAUCUGCUCGACUACCUUUUGGGACAACGGGAAGAAUUUGCCUAAAAUCAUCUCCCAAGACCACAACUUUACCACUGAAUGGUUUAUCAUAACCAAAAUGCAAACGGGUUUUCAUGAGGUCAUUCAAAGUUCUAUCUAAUGCUUCAAAACAAUGUUUGUUCAACAUUGGUGCUUCAUCCCAUAUGAUCGAACUUGCCUUUUGAAGUAAUUCAGCCUUUUGAGAUCCUUGCUUGAUA